CUAGCAACGGACGGGGCUUGUUUCAAUGAGUAGCAGUAGGAUUUUUCUGAACUGACUUCAUAAUAAUAGUUAGUCGUGAAACAAAGACUCAUUUAAUUUUUAUGUUUACUAACCGAAGCUGUUAUGGCCACGAGCAACCAGUCAGUGUUUCUCCUCACAGUGAACGGUCAAAUUGAGGGAGCUAAUUUUCCAGAGUAUGACAACCUAUAUUGUAAAUACUGUUUUGUCUACGGACACGACUGGGCUCCCACCUCGGGGUUGGAGGAAGGCAUCACUCAAAUAACCUGUAAAGGCAGUCAGUCUUCACACAGAUUAAUAUGGAACUUCCCACUGGAAACAACAUUUAAGAGCACAAACCCAUCUGGAUGGCCUCAGCUUGUGGUAAGUGUGUAUGGUCCAGAUGUGUUUGGCAACGAUGUGGUCCGGGGCUAUGGAGCAACACACAUCCCCUUCACUCCUGGACAACAUACGCGAACCAUCCCCAUGUUUGUUCCUGAGCCCACAUGGAGACUUCAGAAAUUCACAAGCUGGCUGUUGGGACGGCGGCCCGAGUACACAGACCCUAAAGUAGUGGCCCAGGGUGAAGGCAGAGAAGUGACGCGGGUUCGUUCCCAGGGCUUUGUCACAGUUUCCUUUCACAUCAUGACUAAAGACAUGAAGAAGCUGGGCUAUGACACAGGGCCAUCAAGCCCUGCAAACACACCAUCUGUCACAUCUGGCUGGUCAACAGAGGAACAACCAUACAAUAUGUAAUAACAUAUGAGACUUUGUUUUUCUUGAGAUACAACUUGCAGCUAUUCUUUUUCUUUUUUUGCCAUCAAGGAUGCUUGGUCCCCACCAAAACGAAAGCACAACACGUUAAAUAGAAAAUGUCUCUAACUUUCCCCAGUUGUCCAGUUGACUGUUGCCACAGCCACUUCACUUCAGAAACAAAGUGGCAAGAACACCAGAACACACACACAAUUUUUCAUAGUAAAAUGUGUAGAAAUAAAAUUUUUAAAAUUUUACUAGAUACAUUCAAAGCUGUUUUAAACCGUUUUAAAAUG